CCGAGCAAACGACUGGAUGCAUGAGGCUGUUAUUAAACUGCGCGAGCUGUGAGAGAGUUUAACAAAAACACGUUUUGUUGUUUUUGGAUAUGUGUCUUCAGUUCCUUCUUUCUGCUCACUAAAGUCUGCGUUCACUGGAGACCUGAGGAAUUCAAGGUACACCUGCGGCUCCAGUGGAAACUCGGUGUGUAGUUGAGCUGCAGGAGCGGAGGAUGGCAGAUCGCACGGCACCGAAAAACAUCUGAACAGAACUGGCUGACCUGGAGGUUUGUUUACAACCCGACAGCUCGUGGUUGUUGACAUAUCGCCAUUUUCCCAGAUUUCAGCUCUUAACUUGUGGCUGUGUGGGAGAUGCGCUGCUGCAGAUCUGCGCUCACAGCUGCUGCGUAAGAGAUCCACGCUGUUGGAGAUCCGCGCUACCAGCCGCUGUGUAAAAGAUCCGAGCUGCCAGCCACCUUGUCGGAGAGUCUUGCUGCCAGCCGCAGGACCUUUUGGAGAUCUGCGCUGUUGGAGACCCACGCUGUCGGACAUGUGGGCCGCAAGCCACCAUGUCGGAGGUCCUUGCUGCCAGUCCCUGUGACGGAGAUCCGUGCUGCCUGCCGCUGUGUCAGAGAUCAGUGCUGUCGGAGAUCUGCGCUGUCAGCCACUAUAUCGAAGAUCCCACUGCCGGUGAUCCGCGCUGCCAGCUGCUGUGUCAGAGAUCUGCACUAACAGCUGCUGUGUCAGAGAGCUGCGCUGUCAGCUGCCCUUUCGGAGAUCUGCGCUGUUUGAGACCCGCGCUGUUGGAGACCUGUGCUGUUGGAGACCCGCGCUGUUGGACAUCCGGCCGCAAGCCACCAUGUCGGAGAUCUGCGCUGCCAGCACUGUGUCAGAGAUCCAGGCAGCAGGAGAUCCGCACCGCCAGCCGCUGUAUCAGAGAUCCACACUUUUGGAGAUCCGCGCUGCAGCCCCUGUGUUGGAGAUCCACGCUGUUGGAGAUCCACACUUGCAGCCAUUGUCAGUGACCUGCACUGCUUAAGUUCUGCGCUGCUGACUUUUACUUCUAGCAGUACUUCUCUGUACUUUUUUUCGUGUCAGCUGCUACUUCUGCAUACUUUCAGCUACAGAAACCAUUCAAAUUUAAAAAUGUUAUGCUCUUGAUGGACGUUUAUGCCUCUCAUUUUCCCUACA